AUGGUGGUGAAACCGGCUGGGAGUUCGCCACAAAGAAACCUGAAGCAUGUGACGUUUGGUUCUGUGACAAUCCUGCAUGUUCCACGUCAUUGCGACGCCACUCUGCGCACCCCCGUGGAGACUCAGGCCUCAGCGGAGUCCCCCCUGUUGAUUUCCCCGCCCUGUGGGGAAGAAGGGCUCCUUCCUCCCUUUCUGGAGGAGGUGAAAGACUCACAAAGCGUGGGAACAAUGACACCGGACUCUGAAUCUUCCUUGCUUCUUACUCAAGCUGCCUCAAGCUACUCUUUGGAUGGGCAGGGUGAUGUGUGUAGCGUUCCUCUUGAGGAGGAGGAAAGAAAUGACGAGGACGAUGAGGAAACUUCGGCCCCCGCCGCAUGCACGCACGCCGCAGUGUCUCCGACGCAACUGACGCUACCAUUGUGUGUUAGCUCUCAUUUUGCGUGUGGCAUUUCGCCAGCUUCUUCUUUUAACUGUUGUGUUCCUAUGAAUAAGGAUCCAGAAGUUCUCGGGGGUUCACCAUUCUCUCUGAGCCCUGAUGUGUUCCCUAUGUCACUCAAAAGAACUGAACGAAACGCAAACGACGUCAUGGGGGCUGCACGCUCCAUUCGAUAUCGCUUAGAGAAGGAUGCAGCUCCUCCUGCUACCUGUGUAUUUUGUCACACUUCCACUGGGGUCAUCGAGUGUCACCAAGGCCACCACGUCCACUUGGGAUGUGCUCUCUGGUGCCCAGAAGUGUACUAUAACACAAAAGAAGCAACAUUAAAAAAUAUUAGUGUCGUGUUAGAGCGAUGUCAAGACAUUAAAUGUGCCUAUUGUCGACAACCGGGUGCACCCAUUGGCUGUGUAAAUGGUCACUGUCAACGCAGCUAUCAUCUAAGGUGUGCAGUGGACGCUGGGGCCGUGCUGAAUGAUAGCACGUUUGAGCUUCGCUGCCCAAAACAUAGCAGUCAGCGCAGUCAAACGUAG